AUGGCUGACGACGACACAGCAGACCAUGACCAGGUCGUCCUGAGAGUAAGCCAGUUGGAUGCUUCUGAGUUGGACAAUGAAUUGUUACAGAUACUAAAAAACCAGUUCACAAGUGCUUUCCAAUAUUUCAAGCCCGGUGUGUUGGCAACUAUUGAACCUGAACUCAAUGCUGCUUUGAGGUUACUGGUAUGGCGGUUUUCUGUUUACGCCAGCAGUGCAACCCUUGGCCAGCAGAUUCUGAAUAUUAAAUACAAAGACAAGGUCAAUAAAAAGCCACAAAUGUCACUCACCCAAAAAAGUCUGUAUGGUCUGAUUUUUGUCGGUGGUAAAUGGUUCCAGGAGCGGUCGACUGAUUUGUCAAGUUUCACAAGACAUAAGCAGAUAUUUACAUUGAUAUGUGGAUUGGUUGACUAUGCUGAGAAGCUUUUGAAAGUUGUGACGGUUGUGAAUUUUCUACUGUUCCUACAAGAUGGACGGUACCAGCAUGUGACAGAGAGAGUAUUGGGAAUUAAGGCAAGAUUUGCCAAAAGACAAUCCAUCAGACAGGUUAGUUUUGAGUACAUGACACGUGAACUUCUAUGGCAUGGUUUUGCAGAAUUUCUCUUCUUUAUAUUGCCACUCAUCAACUUUCAAAAAAUCAAGAAUUUUAUCUCUCGUCGUUUCGCAAAAUCAUCUUCCUCUGGUGGUGAUGAUACAAUGAGAUCAGCUGCCAAUUAUGAAGAAUGUGUGGUCUGUGGUGAAUGGCCGACCUUGCCGCAUCAUAUUGGAUGUCAACAUGUGUUCUGUUAUUAUUGCAUACAGAGCAACUACCUAGCAGACGCUUCCUAUACGUGUCCAUUAUGUGGUAAAGGCAUUGAUAACGAUAUCCAGUCUGUGAAAUGCCAACUGAGUUUGUAGAGCUACCAUAUCAACAGGUAGUGUAAAGGAGACCAUCCAUCAAGGAACCUGUCAGUCAGUGUAAAUCAAGAGACAGUAGAGAUGGCAUUUAUCAAAGCUAUUGAACUGUCAUUUAUUGUUUAAUUUUGUAAUUUUAUAGUCAGAUGUACAGUAUUUGUACCGCUGACUGACAAUUGUCUGAUGUCUCUUGUUGUCCUUC